AGAAAUAGAAAAAUUGGGCCACAAAUUAUAAAAUCCUAGAUUUGAUCAUUAAAAAUAAAAUCCAUUCAAAAAGAUUCCUCCUCCCUAAGAUUUUUCUGUCGUAAAUGCAAUAAACAAGAAGUUUGAAGGGUACUUACAGGAAUCCCAGAUGAACCUCAUAUCCUUUCAUCUUCCUCCUCCAUUGAAUUCAUCAUCAUCCUCAUCCCAGAACUCUGCUAACAUACGCUACCAUGAUGCCAGGAGGUGAACUUCUUUAUCCUUCACCGCAACAUCAACCGGCAACACCACCGCAGCAACCACAUUCUACAAUAAUCACAACAGCAACAUCAGAAUUACUAGAAGAUGAAACAUGGGUUUGGUCUCAAAUCAAAGCAGAAGCACGUCGUGAUGCAGAAUCAGAACCUGCUUUAGCAUCAUACUUGUACUCAACCAUCCUCUCACACUCUUCUCUUGAGAGAUCAUUGUCGUUUCAUCUAGGUAACAAACUCUGUUCUUCAACCUUGUUAUCAACGCUUCUGUAUGAUUUGUUCUUGAACUCGUUCUCGACGGAUCCCGAUUUACGUUCUGCAACUGUGGCCGAUUUAAGAGCAGUCCGAGCUCGUGACCCAGCUUGUGUGUCAUACUCACAUUGUUUAUUGAAUUACAAAGGAUUUUUAGCAUGCCAAGCACAUAGAAUUGCACACAAAUUGUGGAUUGAAUCUCGUCGGCCUUUAGCCUUAGCAUUACACUCUAGGAUUGCGGAUGUUUUCUCCGUGGAUAUACAUCCUGCGGCGAAGAUUGGGAAAGGGAUAUUGUUUGAUCAUGCUACUGGGGUUGUGGUAGGAGAAACUGCAGUGAUUGGUAACAAUGUAUCGAUUUUGCAUCAUGUAACGUUAGGUGGGACGGGGAAAUCGGGAGGCGAUAGGCACCCGAAGAUUAGUGAUGGGGUGUUGAUUGGUGCUGGGGCGACUAUACUAGGGAAUAUCAAGAUUGGUGAAGGAGCUAAAAUUGGUGCUGGGUCUGUUGUGCUAAUUGAUGUGCCUGCAAGAACUACAGCUGUGGGUAACCCUGCUAGAUUAGUUGGUGGGAAAGAAAAACCUUCUAUGCAUGAAGAUGUACCUGGGGAGUCUAUGGAUCAUACUUCUUUUAUAUCUGAAUGGUCUGAUUAUAUCAUAUAAACAAUGUCUAAAACAUACAAAAAACUGUUGUUAGUUUCAUUUGUUUCAAUAAAGUUUAAGGUAUUUGAUAGAGUUUUUGUUGUUAUGACUAAGAACUUGUCUUUUGUUUUGGAAAUUAGCUUUGUCAGAUACUGCAAAGUGCCGUUUAGUUUAGAUUAAAAAUUCUGUAUUAGAUGGUUUGUAGUGCAUGUUUGUAUGGAAAUCUGGGAAGUUUUGGGUUUGGAA